AUGCCUUUACAGGCACUCGCCAAACUCAACACACAAUUGUCGAGUCCAUUCUAUCCUUACGGCAAACAAUGUGCAUCCCGAACUACAUCAAUCAUCCUCAUCUCUCUUUCUAUCGUCUGUUUCCUAUGCUAUCCAAUCAUUCUUACAUUCUACGACAAUCUUGGUCAUCUUAAAACAACACCUACAAUCGACCAAUUAGACGCGCAAUUCUGGCAAUUCUCUCCUCAUCUCCAACCAGACAAUCAAUCUCUCGGCUCAUCGACAUUUUUAAUAGCCCAACAGAUCCGAAUCACAAACCCAGAACGUCAAAUAACUCACGAUUUAUUAAAAGGAGCUCUUUCAAUACAGAAUGCCCUUACAACUAGUUUUGCCCAUGUUGAUGGUAAACCCGCCUCCCUGGCUACCAUCUGUUUUGGUCAUCGUGGAUUUUGCGUUGUCCAUUCACCCCUUGAAUACUGGCAUUCUCGUGAAUCUAUAAUCGAUCUCGACCAAGACAUCGUCCAAACCAUCAAUCGACAACGUCAUUCCAUUUCAGAUGCCACCGGUCUCUCUCUACAUCCUCUCUCUGUCUUUGGAAAUGUCACCCUGGAUACCAAAGGCAGAUUUGUCUCGGCAGACUCUAUUGUUUUAACUGUCUUGCUGCACCAGACACCCUAUGUAAACGCAAAUAAGAUAUGGGAUACCCUUUGGCGCGAUAUCACUGCAGAACUUGACAUUCCUCGCCUUGAUAUGCGUUACACUACCUCAGAUCAUGCGGUAGCCUGGCAAAGACAUCUCAGUCCUGUCACAAAUGAAACACUACAGUACAUGUUCAAACUAUUUCCUUUCGAAGUUCCUAUUCAAUUUUUUUUUACUGCACUUUCCUAUCUUGCUCUUUUUAUUAUUGUUUCUUGCACGUUUGGAAAAGCCCAAUUGGUGAGGUCCCAUUUUGGUCUCGGAUUUGCGGCUGUAUUUACGGCCAUUGCGUGCCACAUGUCUACCAUUGGAAUCUUGAGUCGCUUUGGGUGCGAACUCCAGCUAGUCCACACCUCGCUUUUUUCAUUAAUAACGAUCGUUUCUACCCUUGAAAACGUGUUCUUGCUGACAAAUGCCGUCCUCAUUGCAGGCUGUGAUAUGCAAGUCAAAGAAAAGAUUGGUCGAGGUCUUCAAAGUGUCGGUGUUCCCAUGACAGCCACACUACUUGCAGAGCUGUCAAUUCUAUUGAUUGGAUACACUACCCGUAUUGCAGUUGUCAAAGAAUUCUGUAUCUUUAGUGCAGUAGCUCUCAUAAUUGAGAAUACCUUACAAAUGACUUUUUUUGUUGCUGUAUUAGCCAUUGACGUCAAACGUGCCGAGUUGGCCGAUCUCGAAGAUAGACAAGUAUCAAAACGAUUACGAGAAUUAGUAAACUGCGAUCCAAACAUAGAUCAAACAGACUAUUGCCCUGUACAAGACGUCGAUGCUAGUCUAGGAGAACCAAAAACGUGUGCAGAAUGUAAACAUUUCAAGACACAUCGUGUUGUAUGCGCCCUCGUUCUAUGUCUCUCUAUUCUAGUUCUCGCCCUUUUCCGUUCUCAAUUACAACCUCCUGUUUCUGCUGUCUCACCUUCAACCGAAAUACCCAACAACCACAUUAAUUCCGACCUAAUGGCUAUCUCCAGUCGUUUCUGGGACCUUGUGAAUCCUCGUCAUGUUCCAGAAUUGCUUCAGGUCCGAGCACCGUACCUAAUAAUUUUGACACCCGACCCACAAGAAGCACUCGCUAGUCUUGAUCACUAUGAAGCCUAUUAUGAAGCCAAAGCACGAACAUAUCAAUCAUCACACGUCCUCAACCCUUAUGAUGGGAGAUCAUGGAUAGUCGGCAACAGCCUUUAUUUUUUGCACCGCUUUUUGUAUUUUUGCAUAGUAUUUGUCAAUAUUCCCUCUCUGAUGCUCUGUAUUGUGUUGGUGGGAAUCAUCAUGUGGAUGAUGCCACAGUGGAGGGAAGAAGUCCUUCUACCAAUACUCAAGACCAUGUUUGUAAAGACAGUCUCCUACCUCCUCUUUUCGAUUGCCCCAUUCUCGCCGUGGAAAUCAGCGCCCCUCAUUCGUCGCAUUGCCCAGGAAUGGAGCGAAGAGUACACUGUUGAUGGUAUUCAUCUUGGCGCCAUUUCAGCUCAGGAACAAUUCGACAAGGAACGCAAGACCAACAUCCGGCAUGUUACAGUCAGCACUCUUUCCGGAAAACAUGUUGCAGAUGUUGGCCGCCUUGAUUCAAACGCAAAACACUCCUCCCUUGUUUCGUGUGGGCAGGACGGUCGGAUCAUUGUCUGGGAUACCCGAGGAAACGAUUGGAUUCUCCGCCUUGAUUCCCUUCGACAAUCUCAAUUUGGACUCACUAGUGAAAUGAACCCCACCUACCAACCAAAGACGCCAGCCAACACCAAUUCUACCAUUACAUCACGCCCAAAGUUCACAAAACAAUUAAGUUCGGCCCGCUGUGUAAAACUCGAUCAGGGAAACAAGUGGGUGGCUGCUGGAUUUGAGGACGGCGCCGUUCGGGUGUGGAACCGGACAAGCGGCCAACUAGUUCGUGAUUUCCCCCUGUCUACAGAAGUACCAGUCAUGAUGGAAGAAAGUUCUGGCGCAGAAGUGCGGCGAACAGUUCGUAAGCGACCAAAUGGCCAACCCACUCCAGUCAAACCAUUUGAACCUCGUAUGAAACAGCCCUCGCUGCACCGUGUCAACGACCGUGUGUUAGCAAUUGAGUUUCUCGGCACUGUGAGCGACUAUUGCCACCCACUUAUUGCCCAGGUUGUCGCCAAAACAAAUACUCAUGAAUUCGAAGGUGUCUCUCAAAACCAAAUCGUGUCUGUUCACAAGAGCGGUGUGUUGCGCGAGUGGGAUAUUCUGUCGGGAGAAUGCUUCCAUACUAUUCCUACAGGCCACAAACGUGACAUCACUAUCUUGCACGUCGUCAGUUCAAAGACCCCACAUCGCAAACUCGGACUGACCUGGGUAUUCACAGCCUCAAAAGAUGGUCUUAUCAAAUGCUGGCAAAGAAAGAUGACCAAGAGCCAGUGUGACGGGUUUGAUUCAUCCAUGUCCACCACAUGGAACUGUGUCUACACUAUUGACGAACAUGCUGGUCAACCUAUCACAGCCAUGGCAAGUGAACUACUCGCCAACAAUGUCAGUGUAUUGGUGACAGGAACCAAUGAUGGUGCAGUAAAGGUCUGGAACCUCGAGACCGGCGAUGCUCUUUGUACCCUUUCUACAGGUGGUGUGAAGCGCAAGGAUCCUGAGGUUCAGAUCGGUGGCCCUUUACUCAAGUUCAGCAAACUUGAUACUUCUUUGCCGGAUGAUCCACAGUUCGCCCAGUAUCACCAAUUAGAUAUUAAUCCGUCGCAUAUUCAAGCGGAUCAUCGCGGUCCUAUUACACAGGUCGUCAUUACACAAACUUGCAGCACCCAGGUCGUUCCUGAUGCCUGCAAAGGUUGUGACACAUGUUUCAGCAGCGGGUUUGCUGUUGCUUCUUGUUCCAUUGACGAUACAGUUCAUGUCUGGCGGUUGGAGCGGCAAGAGCGCCAGCCUGCAAAACAGGCAUCCAUACAACACGACAAUAACCAUUCCCUUUGUGCUAAUGACUAUCACCAGAAAGUCUAUCGCCGCCCCACAAGAAAUACCCCAACUAAUACAAGCCCGAUUGACCUGGUGUCCCCUUCUAUAUCCCCUUCUCCUUCUUCACCUGAAAUUGACUUUGAUAGCCAACGGACGCGGCGCAGAGACGCAGGGGCUGGUCCAAGACGUAUCAAACGACACACCCGGCUCCCAGCUCGACCGUCAGUCCCAAGCCUUGGUCUGAGUUUAGAUGAUAUCGAGACAGUUCCGGACAUUGAACAGCUCGGUGGAGAAAGUGAUGUUCGACUGGUACCUGUAUUUUUGGGCAAAAUCAAUCAAGUUGCAGGCCGGGGGCUUGUGUUUUGCAAUAAUAUGGUCCUGGCUGGUGUACGCCAGAAGAAGGAAGGUGAUAGAUUGUCGUGGGAGGCCUGGUUUGCUUCUCUUCAGACAUUUAAGCCUUCUGAUACUGUACCGGGGAGCGACGGCUCGAUGUUGGUACCUGUCGAGACUUUUGAUCUUGAUGAUGAAAAGUUGCAAUCUAUAAAUACUACCACUAUGACUACUACAAAUACAACAACUUCACAUACAACUAUGCAUACAUCAUCAAAUCAUUUACUCCCAGCAGACCCUUCAAUCACCCGGCGGUUUACUCGCCUGUUUGGCGAUAUCGCAGACCCGAUUCCUCACCAAAAGAAAUCAUCUCGGAGACGCAACGCACGAAAUAUCACAUCAACCGAAAGUUCUGACGAAGAUCUUAUUGAUCAAGCCGAUGAAGAGGACGCGAGAGAGUUGCUGCCAUUUUCUGCUAUUAGAUAUCUGGUCCCAUUUGAUGGCCAGGGAUUUAGUUGCGACUUUGGUAAUUUUAUCAAGAUUGUUCGAUUUGAAGAACGGACUAGUAGUCUCAAUAGAACUGGCCAAGUUGAUAUCCCUCCUCUUCGUACUGUGAUUCCAAAGCCCAAGGUGUCAUUUCCUCAAAAAACUUCUUAUUCUGCGUGCAAGAGCAGCGAUUGCACUUCUUGCAGUUCAGGUGUAGAUGGAAAAUGCCCUCUAAAGAACUCAAGUUAGAUAAUUUUAUUCGAUAUGUUUAUUACAUAUAUAUAUACUUUUUUUUUUAAAAAAAAAAGAAAACUAUCUCUUACUCUAUUAUUGCUUGACCAAAUCUAUAUAUCAAUACUCUAUAUAUCUCUAC